GCUUCCGGUCCCGGCCCGGUGGCGGCGGCGCGCGCGGCGGUGUCCGCCCGCCAUGCCAUGUCCGCGCUCAACUGGAAACCCUUCGUGUAUGGCGGGCUCGCCUCCAUCGUGGCCGAGUUCGGCACGUUCCCCGUGGACCUCACCAAGACGCGGCUGCAGGUGCAGGGGCAGAGCACCGACGCGCGGUUCCGCGAGGUUCGGUACCGGGGAAUGUUCCACGCGCUCUUCCGCAUCUGCCGCGAGGAGGGCGGACGGGCCCUGUACUCGGGGAUCGCCCCGGCUCUGCUGAGACAGGCGUCCUAUGGCACCAUCAAGAUCGGCAUCUACCAGAGCCUCAAGCGGCUCUUCGUGGAUCGCAUGGAAGAUGAAACGUUGCUGAUCAAUGUGAUCUGUGGGGUGGUCUCUGGGGUCAUCUCCUCUGCGCUGGCCAAUCCCACAGAUGUGCUGAAGAUCCGAAUGCAGGCUCAGGGCAGCUUGUUCCAGGGUGGGAUGAUUGGCAGCUUCAUUGACAUCUACCAGCAGGAAGGUACCCGAGGCCUCUGGAGGGGCGUUGUCCCCACGGCCCAGCGAGCGGCCAUCGUGGUGGGGGUGGAGCUGCCAGUCUACGACAUCACCAAGAAACAUCUGAUCCUGUCAGGCCUCAUGGGGGACACCAUCUUUGCCCACUUCGUUUCCAGUUUCACGUGUGGGCUGGCAGGGGCCAUCGCCUCCAACCCCGUGGACGUGGUGAGGACGAGGAUGAUGAACCAGCGUGCCAUCGUGGGCAGCACCGAGCUCUACAAGGGCACCCUGGAUGGCCUGGUCAAGACGUGGAAGAGCGAGGGUUUCUUUGCACUCUACAAAGGCUUCUGGCCCAACUGGCUUCGUCUGGGUCCCUGGAACAUCAUUUUUUUUAUCACGUACGAGCAGUUGAAGCGCCUCCCCUUCUGAGAGCUGCCUUCAUCUCACCAGAGUCAUCCUCGGGGCUGGCAGCAGAGCUGUGCUGCCACCUCCCCCUUCAUCCCACUGUCCCCAUGUCGUGGUGUUUGGUCCCUGUGGGCUGGGCUGUCCCCACGUGCACGGUCCCUGCAGGAGGAGCCGUGUUUGCCACCGGAGGUGUCCACGUGCCCAGGCCUGCAGGAGUAUCUUCUGUGAAGAUCUGUGCAUUCCAGUGGCCUUUGGGGCACUGUGGCUAGUGGCUGCCAGGUGUGGGGGUCCCCCCGUGCCCGUGGGGCAGGGCUGGGGCCUGGGAAGGUGCCAUUGUCAUCAUGUUUCUUGCAGAACUUGUAACUUCAUUAAAUUAUUUAUUGACUGGA